AUGAGCCUCUCGGACUCCACAGGUCAUCCCUCGGCGGCAGAGCAAGUCUCUCUUCUGGUCCAGAAGGACGACCUUGACCUCCCUUUGCCCACCCGGAGAACCCCCUCCUGGCCUCCGUCUCCGGAUGAGGAUCCUGGUUUGCCCCCCUUUCCUCUGGAAGAGCCUGGCCCCAGGCCCAUGACCCCAGGGAGCCUUCCUUCUCCAGCCCUGUCCCUGGAGGAAGAAGAGGAGGAGGAAGAUGAGGAGGAUGGAGAAGACUCCGCGGAGCCCGAGGGGCUGUGCAGCGAGGAGCAUCCCAGCCAGUUUUUCGCGGAGGCACAGCGGCUGCGGGAGCAGAGGUUGCUGCUGGACGAAGAGGUGUCAGUCGGGGGGAGAGCAUAUGGGGUGCAUCGGGUGAUCUUGGCCGCAGUUAGCAGCCUCUUCAGAGGCAGGCUGCUGGGCGGCAGAGGUCCGCAAUCCCCCCUCAGCCUGGACAUAACCCCGGCGGCCUGGGAGGCCGUGCUGACCUUUGCUUACGAGGGGGUGCUGGGACCCGCCCCACGGGAGGAUGUGCUGGUCGCCGCAGAAGCCCUGGGAGCCCCCCGGGUAAAGGCUGCGGCCCAGUGGGGACGCCAGGGGGCUGGAAGUGGACGGGAGGAUGAAAAGCAGACCAGUCAGGCAGAGGAACUGAGAGAAAACCUGCGCAGCAUUGAGCUUCUGUACCAAGAAGGAAUCGGGUGCGACCUGGAGCUGGAGGCAGGCGGCUGCCGGCUGCGGGUGCACCGAGCAGCCCUCGCCUGUGGCAGUGAGUUCUUUGGGGCCAUGCUCCUGAGUGGGAUGAGGGAAUCCCAGGGCACAGAGGUGUCUCUGCACACCAUCUCUGCCCAGGACCUGCGACUCCUCGUCUCUUUUGCCUACUCUGGGGUUGUGCGGGCCAAGUGGCCAGGACUACUGAGAGCUGCCCAGGCUGCUCUGCAGUACCAGAGCUCCUCCUGCCUGGCUCUGUGCCAGAAAGCUUUGGCACGAGGCCUCAGCCCUGCCCGUUGCCUGGCUCUGAUCCCCAUGGCAGAAGCCCCAGGGCUGGAGAGGCUCUGGAGCAAAGCCCGUCACUACCUCCUCAGCCACCUGCCCGCUGUGGCUUUGUGCUCCACUUUCCCAACUUUACCGGCAGCCUGCCUGGCUGAGCUCCUGGACAGUGAUGAGCUACACUUGCAGGAGGAGUUCGAGGCCUUUGUGGCUGCACGGCGUUGGCUAGCUGCCAACCCCGACACCCAGGAGUCAGAUGCCAAGGCCCUGCUUCGAUGCGUCCGCUUUGGCCGUAUGUCCACCAGGGAGCUGCGGAGGGUAAGGGCGGCCGGGCUGCCUCCACCCUUGAGCCCCGACUUGCUGCAUCAGGUGAUGGUGGAGGCUGAGGUUCCAGGACAAGAGAGACGGAGGGAGCCUGACCAGGCCCUGGUGGUGAUUGGCGGGGAUGGGCUCAGAUCAGACAUGGCCGCCAGAGAGCCGUCCCGAGGAGUGUGGUGGGCCCGGGCCUUUCGCUGUGGCAUAGGACUGGUUCGAACUGUGGAGUGGGGGCGGCUGCCUGCCCUGCCUGCCCCCGGGCGCUUCCGGCACGGGGCUGCGAGCCUCGCAGGAAGUGUGCUCUACGUGUGUGGGGGACAGGAUUUCUACAGCCACGCUAACACCCUGGCUUCGACUCUCAGGUGGGACCCCAGUCAAGAGGACUGGGAAGAGAUGGCACCUUUGUGCCAGCCUCGGAGCCUUUUCCCCCUGGUGGCGCUGGAUGGACUGCUUUAUGCCCUGGGUGGACGAGACAGUGGUAUUGCCCUCAGGUCUGUGGAGACUUAUAAUCCUGAGCUCAAUGUCUGGAGGCUGGCACCUCCUCUUCCCGCACCACGCUUUGCCCACGCAGCUGCUGUUUUGGAGGGCCAGCUCUACCUGAGCGGUGGCUGCAGCGAGACUGGCCAGUACCAGGCCUCGUUGCUGCACUACGACCCCAAACUUGAGAAGCCGGCGACACUUCUGAGCCCUAUGGGGGUGCCUCGGGCUGGCCACGUCAUGGCUGCUCUGGGUGGGCGGCUGUAUGUAGCAGGUGGGCUAGGUCAGACUGGGGACUUGCUGAGCUUUGAGGCCUACGAUCCAAGUACCGGUAGCUGGACUCACCUGACCCCCCUGCCCUCCCCCCAUGUCGGGGCUGCAGGUGCCGUGCUGCAGGGGGAGUUGCUGGUGCUGGGGGGCUACAGCCACCGUACUUAUGCCCCCUCCCACCUUAUCCAUGCCUAUUGUCCUGGCCUGGGCCGAUGGCUGUGCCUGGGAACUCUGCCGAGGCCUCGGGCUGAGAUGCCUGCCUGCAUCCUGACCCUGCCCGCUGUGCAGCACGUGGCUUUGGUUCCCACACGGCAUCAGACUAAACCUGCUGGGUGAGAGGGAAGCAGUGGUGGAUGGAGGGAGGAAGGGAUAAGAGAGGAUAGAGAAGAUGAAUGCAGGGAGAAAGAGAAGGCUUUGUUCAUCACAGCAUUUCAUUCUAGCGCAGUGCUUUACAACUCAUAAAUCGCUUUUGUAAAAAGGUGGUUCUGGAAUUCCUAGGGAGAGUAUGGGGGAAGGAGAGGCAGUUGAAUAUCGAGGUAAGGAGAAGAGACCCAGGGGCAACUCUACAAGGUUUAGGGACUCUGGCUCGAUUCUUGGUGGGGAAAGUGCAUCUAACUAGGAAGACAGUCAUGAAACAUCAGUAGCAAAGGUGUAGGGGCCAUGAGAGAACAGUCAGGAAAAUUAUGAUUCUGACCAAUGGAUGAAGGAGAAAAAUGAGGAAAGGUCACCUGUGAAAAGAGUUGAGGAGUGUGUCGGGAGGAUUGUAACUGCUGCUUCUUUUUAGUCUCCAAUUCCUGGGACACCCAAACCCUCUUGAUGAUGUUCUUUCUCAGGUAGCUGGUAGACCCAGUCUAGCGUUUCCUCAGCCACACACCGCAGGCUGCCUCUAAGAGCCUCUUGGAUUUCAAUCUGAGGACAAAGUUCCCUUCUGGACCCGGUAUAGCACAGGGGCCCAUGAUGCCAGGGCCACCAGGCAGGAAGGCUGCAGGUGGGGAAGAUGAGGAGAAAGAGGGAGGCGUCCAUGUGGAAAGGGAGGAAAGAUUUGAGGGCAUGGGUUGGGAGAAGUCAGGAGCUGAUUGGCUUCUUUCCUUCCCUUUGGGAUGAAUCGAGGGAUCAGGAGGGAAAGCGGUACAGUUGUGGUGUGAGGUCCUAAGUUGUGAGAGGAAGCGGCAGAGAGGAGAGAGGCAGAGAAGACGCAGGAAAGUGGUUUCUUUCUCUGUUCCUUUCUUCUAGAGUUUUUUGAAUCCAUUUCCCUUUUUCCUGGCCAGGGAAAGCUGAGUCAGAUGUUUCCUCUCUCUCUUCCUCCACCCUGCUUUUCCGUCCCCUUCCCCCUUCUCUUCUAUCUUUUCUCCUUUCUCCCUCACAGUUAGAAAUUAUCUACUGUG